CGAAUGGGCCUCCCUUGUUGCUUAUGUGGGCUGGCCUGGCUGAACUGUGUUGUGUGAGGGAAGGAAACAUGAAACAGAGCAGGGGACACACGAUGGAAAAGAAACGGCAUCCAGCUGCCUCAAGGCUGCCUCUGACUUGCUAUAAGCAAGUUAGAGAAUCUGCGCCGCACCACCGCCACCAAAUCCGCUUCGCUGCACCGCGAAGUCGUCGCCGAAAGCAGCGGUCCAAGCUCCCGACCCGCACUUCUAUCAGCCGCUGCCCCACCGCGCGGGGAGACGAAGACGCCCGGCACUGCAGCAUUUCUGCGCUGACGCCGCUGUGAUUUGACCCCGGCGCCCGGUCGAUCGCUUCUUGCUAUUGGCUUCCCCUCCUUUUGGCCGGGUCGCUGGGUUCCAGUACAGGAGUUCAGCUCCGGCUGCUUUGUUCCUUCCGCUUCUUGGAGCUUUCCCUGCCCUCACCUCGUGGUAGCCGCCAGCCCGCCCGCCAGAGCCUCCUCGGAGGUUUGUGCUGGAGGCUGAGAGGGUACAAUCGGCCCAGUCGUCCCGGCCCAGUCGUCCCGGCCCGCAGCACAACAGGCCAGCAGGACCGACUCCUCUGCUCCAGCCGAGCGCCUGCUCUGUCCUCUCUCCCGCACCAGCCGCCCCCCGCCGGACCCGGACGCCCCGCCGUAGCCCGGCACGCCGCACCCUUCCCGCCCUCCAACUCAAGCCGCGUUGCCUGCAAGUGGCUGCGCGCCUGCGCCCUGCGCCAGCGGCCAGCCACAUCAGUCUCCCCGGCGGCCGGCGGUGUGCAGGCGUGGAGACGUGCAACAUAACAGGCUAGCAGCUGGGAGCUGAGCAGCAGCCUGCAGCCACUUUUUUGCAGAGUCGAUUUGCGGUUUGUCCAGAGCCGAAGGGAUGGGCGCUUCGUCGCGACUUGGUAUCCAUGUCAACGAGUAUGCUCACACCAUAUCCGCCGAGGAGUUCCUCGCGGCACAUCCGAACAAUGUGCUGGAGAGCAGCGAUCCAACAAGGGCAUAUUAGUAUAUUUUUGUAUAGUUUAUUUGUUCUGUAUUUGUAAAAACAUCUUGAACAUGUAUCAUCAAACCAAAUAAUCGACUUUGAAUAUUUCAUCAAAGGCUGACUAACUUUGGAUAUAUAUGAUCAAAGAUCCAUCGACUUUGUUACAGAUCAUCAAAUUCCUCCAACCUUACUUCUAUUUCUUUUUCCUUUUUCUUUCAGUCAGAUCUUUCUCCGCGUCAGGUUUAGCUGGACUUUAUGGUGGAUGAAGCAGCAGUACACCAGGACUCCCCGCUGUUGGCGCCAAUGUCCAAGGAGGAAGCUCGGCGCUGCUUCUUUGAUUUCAUGACCAAAGUUACACAAUAUGAGGAGCUAGUUGAUGCCGGAAAAAUGUUUCUUGUAAAGUUUCGUCAGGAAUUAGAGCAUUUUCGAAGACCAAUGAUUCCCAUGGAAUCAGGUGCUGUCAGUCAGUUAGUCAAAUCUAACUACACUGAUCGACUGAAGUCCUAUCUUGAAGCAGGCUGCCACCUUCAGCACCAAAGUAUCUGGAAUAUUAACCAGUUACAGUCUUGCGAGGAGAAACUUGAGGACCAUAUAAAUAAAGCUAAAGUUUUGAUUGAAGAACUUGAAUGCCUGGCCGAGGAUGUUUAUAGCACUACGCUAACAGCCAGCCUUAGUAUCUUAGAAGCUUCAGAUUGCUCUGAUGGCGAUAAUAACCUGCCAGCAGAUUGUUCUGAGGAUGAAGGGCAGUCUGUGGAUCCGCUGGACAGCGCAGUAUCUUACUCGAGCGUUAUGAUUCUGGUUCAGAAUAUGUUAAAGUUGGAUUAUUCGAUGCAGGAGAAGAUAGUCAAGGCACUGUGCCUUAAAACACCAUCGUCGGAGCUAGAUGGCUAUUGUCUAAUGUGGGACUUGCGGCCGUAUAUUGAUGACAAUGUGAUGCAGCUUGCCUGGAAAUUCAUUUCUUAGAAGCGGAAGCGGACCAUGCUUGAUGAUAAACUGAGCAGUGUGAACAUUAGUGCCUCAUAGACAAUGAUUUUCCAGCAAGUAUCCCUAUUUACCCUUAGCAGUUUAAAUCUUUCAGAGAUAUUUCUUGAUUCUUAAGUUGGUUAUUUCCUAAUGUUUGUUAGUUCGACUUAGCCUCCAAGUUUGUAAGUUGGCUAUAUAAUGCCUAGGAAUAUCAGUGAAUAGACAAGAAAAAUAGUCCCAAUUAUCUCUCGAAGAUUC